AUGGAUGAUGAUGAGAAUAUUCCUUGGGGAGAGUUCAUAGGUGACACGAUUCAUGUCGCUGUAGAUUCUCUGAACGAGCUUCAGGCAUUGACAGGAAACGCGGUCACAAGCACCACAAGCACCGCGGACAAUGAUGCCCAGACCCAGCAGUCACAAACUCUGACCUCUUUCCCCCAAUUCCCCAACCUUCCGCCCGAGAUCCGUUCUCGAAUCUUCCAAAUGGCCAUGCUGCAACCUGGUAUCAUCUACUUCUCAAUGCAACCCAGCCACUUCGAGGAUCAUAUCCAUCUCCACGCCGUCACGAAUUGCAACUCCACCUGGCGCCAGUGGAAGAUGAUCGCCCAUACCAGCGUCGAGGCCGCCCACGCCGUCAACCUCGUGGUCACCAAGGGCGCCACCAAGCACUACGUCGACCUGUCCAAGAAGCGACCGUUCAACAAGGUCGACGACCUGCUUGUCAUUCAAUUCGCUACGAAUCCGCAAAUCAUCAACCAGUGGACCGUCGCUACCGCCGCGCCUGUUGACUUUGUUUAUAACAGCUACUUCCGCUCUCUUCGUCGCGUCGGCUUCAAGUGGAACGAGAAGACCUUCCGCUGCCACGGACACGUCGAGGAUGAGGUCUCGCCCGAUUGGCCUGUCUAUCACGACGAGACCGAUGAUGAUGAUGAUAUCGUCAGGUGUAUCUUCCCCUGCAAGGACAUGUUUGAGCGGUUCCCCAUGUUCUUCCGGGAUGCUGACGCCGUCUACAUCCUAUACUCGGUCAAGGGGAAGGAUUUGAGCCCUACCUUCAAAAAACAGGCCAGAGAUCGGAAUGUUUCUCCGAUGGUUGACGCUGCAAAUUACAUCCGGGAUACGCCCAAGAGCUGCGUGCGUUUGAUACUCGACGACAACUUCGCCGUCAGUCAACUAGAAACCGAAACCCGCUGCGAUGCCCGCCAGAAAUGGGUCGAGAUGCCCAUUGGGCGCAUGAGGGACUUCCUCAACCUUGACAAGGCCGGCCCGUAG